CAUAUUACUGUUGAAAAGUCUCCAGCAAUGUCCGGUGAACUCACCCCUUCCACUGCACAUGGCCAGCCUGAUAGUAUUGCAAUGGGAAGUUCCCUUAGUGGGGAUGAAAGUAAUGUGACUUCCGAGACCUUGGUCAAGAUUCAGAAGGCAUUUUCUGAGUCUGGAAAUAAUCUUCAUGCAUUGAUAAAUCACAGGCAGUCGUCAGUAACUAUUAUGGAGGAAGAAAAAAUGAGUGAAACAUGCUAUAUAAAAAAUGACUCAGAGAAAAAGCUAUUUAAAACUAACAAUUUGACUGUGAGAGAAUCAAAGGAAAAUUAUGAAAAUGAUGGUAAAGAUGACAUUUGUUUUCCAGAGGGAGACUUGUUACCACAUCAAAGUCAAAACAUUGGUAGAGAAGCACCUGUAAGAUGUUACUCAAGUCAGAUAAAGGUGGAACCUGAAAAAGAUGUUCAUUUGGUUAUACCAAAAGAUGACCUCUGCCAGCAAGCAGUCCCCAGGACUAAACAAGCUAAGGGACAGCAGUCUCUAGAAGAUGAAGUAAAUACUCAGUCAAAAGAGAAUGAGAGCAUGAUUGCAGAGGAUGUGGUGAAAAGUGCAGGCCCUCAGGAGACCAAGGCUGGGGCCUCUUCCUCACAGCAGAGUGCAUGCACUGUAAGAAUCACUUCAAAACCUAGGGCUGUGAGACUUGCUAAGCAGCAGUCCCUGGUGGACGAAUGCAAUAAAACAGUUCGUGAAAACUUACAAAUGACGGAACACAGAAAGGUUUCAGAUCACAUACAGUGGUUUAAUAAGCUUUCUUUAAAUGAACCAAAUAGAACAAAAGUGAAGUCACCUCUUAAAUUCCAGCGUACUCCUGUCCGUCAGUCUGUCAGAAGAAUUAACUCUUUGUUGGAUUACAACAGACCACCUGGAAGGCAGAAGUUGGACCUUAGUGAUGCUUCUUUGGUUAAAUCAGUGAGCUGUGAUAGUUCUCUUCCCUCAUGUGUAGAAAGCACAUCAAAAGAUUCCUCUGUGCCGUGCACUCAGUCAGGUCUUGAACAGUCUACAUUGUGUAGUCAGUUGCAUGAUGCAAUUUCAAAAUCAAACAUGGACCUAACUUCUAAAUCUUUCUUGAAAAUGAAGAGGCACCCAGAUGCUGUGCAGGGCUUUCUUGGGUCCACUAGAAUUUGUAAAGAGGAUGGCAAAUGUGAUGGCCGGAUUAAGGUUCCCUUGGAUGAUCUGACUAAUCAUGACAUAGUGAAAGCUGUGGUCAAUAAUAAUACAGGCAUUCCUCCCAGGAUAAAAAAUAAGGUUCUUAGGAAACCAUCAGAUAAAGAAAGGGUUUGGUACAAAGGUUCUCCAAAAAAUCCUAUAGGAAAGACUCAACUGCUACCAUCAAGUAAGCCUGUAGACUUGUAAUUACCAAAUGUAGCUGGGCUUGGUGGCACUUUAA